CCGGAGAGGAGGCGGCAGACGCGUGGAUCCUUCCCACCGAGCAGCAGCCACCGGGAGACCGUUCCCUCACCUCCUAUUUAUUUAUUUAUUAAUUCAUUCAUUCACAUUUAGUUAUUUGUUGGCGGAGUAUUUCUUUCUUCUCUGAGGAAGAUGAACGGAGUGACAAGGAGCUUGUGCACGUUUGAGGACAUCAGAAACCAAGAUGAAGGGUGCCGGCGACUGAGGCUCACGCUCCACGACCAGGGUGGACCAUCUCAGAGCACAGAGCACCACAGAGACAAGCCAGUGGGACGAGCGUUUGCACUGGUGCAGCCAGCCAGCGACAGGACCGCGCUGAACCCCGAACCCGUGAAGUCAACGGUGGAGCAGGUGGAGAUCAUCAAGGUGUAUCUUGAGACCCGCAGAAAAGAGCAGCAAAAGCACCAAGAGAGCCUAAAGAUGCUGUCAGAUGAAGUUUCGCAGAUACAGGAGGUGAGGUAUUGCCUGAAGACUCUGAGGGAGCAAAUGGCUGCCAAAAACAAGCCACACACAAAUGGGUGGAAGGUCAGCAAUCCUUUCCGAAAGAAUGCCUCGUCUCUCCCCAAAGGCGGAGACCAGUCUGACAUGCAGGACAUGGACGAUGAAGCAGAAAGAACCAAAAUGAGAGAAGUUAGUAAGCGUUUGUAUGCACAGCUGCAGGAAGCAGAAAAGAAACAUCUGGAGGAGAAGGAGAGACUGCAGGCUGAAGGCAGCAAGCUUAGGGAGCGUUUGAGUGACCAGGAAGAGAAGCUGAGGGUUACCGAGGAAGCCAGCGAGAAGAAAGACCAACGCAUCGAGGAGCUCCAGAGGCUGCUGGGAGGGAUGGAGCAGGAGAGCUCCACCCUGAGGGAGGCAAUCCGCAACCGCGAGGAUGAACUGCGGGAGCUGCGAAAGAUCAGAGAGGAGGGCAACAAAGAUGAGCAAAGGGCUGAGCAGUUGGAGAAGGAGGUAGCUAUUCUCAAAGAAAAGAUCCACCAUCUGGAUGACAUGCUGAGAAGCCAACAGAGGAAGGUCCGACACAUGAUCGAGCAGCUCCAGAACUCCCGCAUGGUGAUCCAGGAGCGAGACCGUGUGAUCAAAGAGCUGGAGGAGAAAGUGGCAUUUCUGCAGGCCGAGAACCGAGAGAUGCAUGACCAGAUGGACUACUUUCUGGGGGGACAAAGGUCAAAUUCCUACCUUUCAUCAGAGCGCAACCCCCAAAUUGUUUACAGCAAACCACUCAAGCCAUCCAACUCCUCCAACAAACCGCUCCCUUUCAUCAAAGUCAUCGAGAUCAAGUCAUGAGGUGACCCGAGAAGGAGAGGGGGGUGAGAGGCUCCAGCCGCCGCAGCAUAGACUGAAUCCAGACCGCAGCACACCAAGCUACCACAUCAGUGAAUACUCAGCAGAUCAGACCUGAAUCUUCCUCCACGCCGACUGUAACAGUUCCACCGACGCAUUUAUGAAGGAAACGGUGAAUUGUUUGGCAGCACACACUGCAUGCGCAUAAAAAAAACAACGUAUCGGCUUGGAUUUAGAUACAUUAGACGUGCUGAUGUGCAUUUUGUGCUUUCCUUGUAAGACUGCAAGUGUCAUGCUUAUUGUGCCCUGUUCUGAUUGCUCACUAAUAAGUUCAAGUGACGUCAUGAAGUUCAUAAACAGUAAUGUAGCAUCUGUGUACUGUAGCUAACUGAGCUGUCAUAAAACUAAAUGACUAGAUUAUUUAAGUGGUGUUUCUUUGUACUCAUUAGCCACUCGUCUACGACUCUGUUCACUUGGUGUGUGAAUGGUAUAGUGUUUUGUUUUAUUUAAACCUGCCCAAAAUGACAAUAUCCUGUCACAAUUAUGUUGGUCUUUGAUUUUCUGUAAAAGAAAAAGAAAUAAUAGUCUUAAGCCCUUGCUCACAAUAGAGCGCUUUUACAAACUGUGAGGAUGCAUAGAGGAAUGAGGAUGCAUCUCAGUUCAUCUUUCUUGUCAUUGUGUGAACAGUCAUUUUCUUUGUGUAAAUAUCAUUACUGAAUGUGUUGAUUUUUAACAACUUUCUCCUUUGUAUUUAUUUAUGUUAAGUAGCCUCUUGACUGAUAGAGGAGCUUUUGUAUGAAGUACAUCCUAAUCUACUACGUGUGUGUUUUUCUGAAUAAAUCUUUUGAAUGCACA